GUAACAUUGUAUUGUCCAGGUAUGUGAGAGAAGACGCCAGUUAUGUACAGACUCCUGCUUCUGGUUUCUGCAUGUCUGGGAGCCCAUCAUCCUGAAGUCCUAGGGGAGGAACCAGAUCCUGAGGACGUGGACAACGGGCAAUGUAUCCCUAUAAGGUGCGAGAUGGGGGUUCCGCCCAAACAGUGUAUCAGCCUCUGCGCCCUCCGCCACUACCUCCCCACCUGCCACCCUCCGGGCGAUUUCUGCCUCUGCAAGCGUUUAGUCGGUAACUCCGUCGAGCUCGUCAGUCCAGACGAGGUGUUGGACCAGCCUGAGGAGCCUCAGGUGCACUACAGCGUCUUGGCCGUCUUCGUACCUUUGAGGGACUUCUUUUUCCAGGAUGCUUCCGAGGAAGAAGAGGUUAUUUUUCCCACGGCCGAGACCUACGCCAGUGUCAACGUCCACGAAGGAAGACUCUUCUGGGACUUCCGGUACAUCCUGACCGGACUCUUCCUCCUGAUGGUGGCUCUGGUGGUCUACGAGUUGAUCAUGUGUAGAGCGCAGUCUCGUCAAGACAGGCUCGAGACUGGAGAACCAAUCAAGUGGAUUUUAACAUGAAGAUCUUAACUUAAUGGUUUGAUUCUACGAAGAAUAGAAUUUGUUCUUCAAAUAUUAACUGAUUGUUUAAAAUUUUAAGUGUGAAAAAUAUUGGACCAACGUUUAGAAUUUGUAAUUAUAAAACUAUUUGGAUUUUAUAUUUAUUGAUUUGUAAGAUGAAUCUCCAACUGACAAUUAAAACUGUUUUUAAAGAUU